AUGUAUGCUUCUGUGAUCGAGGUGCUAGAGAUUGUUAAGGAAGAAGGGGUUCAUGAUCAGCAAUCAGUUGAAGCGGGUGUUCUGAUUGAUAUAAUGGAGUCUUUUGAUUUUAUCUUUACAAUGCAUUUGAUGAUUGAAAUAUUGGGCAUUACGAAUGAGUUAUCACAAUCAUUGCAAAGAAAAGAUCAAGACAUUGAAAAUGCUAUGAAACUGAUUCAAAUUUCCAAACAACGACUGCAACUUCUAAGGGAGAAUGGAUGGAAUGGUUUACUAGAUGAAGUGUCACAUUUUUGUGGAGUUUUGAAAGUUGUUGUUCCAAACAUGAAUGAAACAUAUAAAACUCAUCGUCGAUCAGUAAGAGGAGGUGAAUAUAAAACAAAUCUAUAUCAUUAUCAUGUUGAUUCAUUUUAUACAGUAGUUGACAUGCAACUUCAAGAGCUAAAUAAUCGAUUUUCUGAAUCAAGUGCUGAGUUACUUCUAUGUAUGCCAUACUUAAACCCAAGUGAUUCUUUUCGAGCUUAUGUUGAGAAGAAAUUGAUAUGUCCAGCAGAGUCAUAUCAAAGUGAUUUUUCUAUAAUUGAGGUUAUUGCUCUUAAAAAUCAAUUAGCAACGUACAUUAUCGAUAUGCGGACCAAUGAAGAGUUCUCCUAUCUAAGAAGCAUUGCUGAUCUUGCAAAGCAGAUUGUUAAGUUCAAGAAGAAUGAUGUGUAUCCUUUGGUUUACAAACUUAUUACAUUAUCAUUAACCUUACUAGUUGCUACUACUAUGGUGGAGAGAGCAUUUUCAGCCAUGAAAAUUAUCAAACAUCGAUUGCAUAGUAGGAUGGGUGAUGAUUGGCUCAACGAUUGUCUUGUGCCUUACAUUGAAAAAGAUGUAUUUGAUUUGAUUCUCAAUGAAGAUGUUAUCUAA